AUGAACGACCAGCGCAACAACAACGAGCAGRACGGCGAGGCGCGCAAGAAGGCACCAGACCGUAACCUCUACGGCCACGCCAAAAUCGAGGCAUUCGAGAAGGAGCGCCUGGCUCGCCGCGACGAGCACCAAGCGGACUCCAUCGAGCACAACCGCAAGACGGAGCGCUCCCACGCCAAGUGGGCCUACUUCUCGGAGCGCAAGACGCGCCUCGAGAAGAUCUACAAGGACUCCGAGGCGCGCAUUGAAGCUCUGCGAGCGGAGAUGACGGCGUUGGAAGAGAAGAAGGAGGAGACGACGGAGGCGUUGGAGAGGUUGGAGGAGGUGUAUGGGGAGGGGGCGAAGGAGGGGAAGGAGGACGCGGAGGUGUCGAAGAAGUAUCGGAAGUUUCUGGACAUGGAGAGUAAUGAGUUGGGGUUGUGA